AUGACAGGAGGAAAAAGACUGGAGGAAAAAGACUGCAGGAAAAAGACUGCAGGAAAAAGACUGCAGGAAAAAGACUGCAGGAAAAAGAUUGGAGGAAAAAGACUGGAGGAAAAAGACUGGAGGAAAAAGACUGGAGGAAAAAGACUGCAGGAUAAAGACUGCAGGAAAAAGACUGCAGGAAAAAGACUGCAGGAAAAAGACUGCAGGAAAAAGACUGAAGGAAAAAGACUGCAGGAAAAAGACUGGAGGAAAAAUACUGGAGGAAAAAGACUGGCGGAAAAAGACUGGAGGAAAAAGACUGCAGGAAAAAGACUGGAGGAAAAAGACUGGAGGAAAAAGACUGCAGGAAAAAGACUGGAAGAAAAAGACUGGAGGAAAAAGACUGCAGGAAAAAAGGAGGAAAAAGACUGGCGGAAAAAGACUGCAGGAAAAAGACUGCAGGAAAAUGAUGGGAGGAAAAUGACUGAAGGAAAAAGACUUGAGGAAAAAGACUGGGGGAAAAAGACUGGGGGAGAAAGACUGGCGGGAAAAGACUGGACGAAAAAGACUGGACGAAAAAGACUGGAGGAAAAAGACUGGAGGAAAAAGACUGGAGGAAAAAGACUGGACGAAAAAGACUGGAGGAAAAAGACUGGAGGAAAAAGACUGGAGGGAAAUGACUGGAGGAAAAAGACUGGAGGAAAAAGACUGGGGGAGAAAGACUGGCAGGAAAAGACUGCAGGAGAAAGACUGGGGGAAAAAGACUGGAGGAAAAAGACUGGAAGAAAAAGACUGAUGGAAAAAGACUGGAGGAAAAAGACUGGCGGAAAAAGACUGGCGGAAAAAGACUGCAGGAAAAAGACUGGCGGAAAAAUACUGGUAGAAAAAGACUGGCGGAAAAAGACUGGAGGAAAAAGACUGGCGGAAAAAGACUGGACGAAAAAGACUGCAGGAAAAAGACUGGAGGAAUCACUUCACGUUUCAUGA